CAACAAACAUCCCAGGGCACUCGAAGCCACGAGAGAAAGCGUAUAAGCAAUGUACUCAUUAGUUGGGCUCUCAAUCAUGGCGCAACCAGGCUCCUGUGGUGUGUUCCUUGGCUCAAGUCUUCAGCCACCAGAACGAAAGACCCCAGUCUCGACAUGCGUCAUCUCAUUGUGUGAGCGGUCCCUUGAGUCGUUGCUCAGUCGUUUUUUCUUCUUGGUGUCGAGCAUGCUUCGAUCAACCCUUUUUGCUUCGGCUUGGUGUGAGCUUCUGCCUCUUCCCAAACUGGCGACGAAUCAGGAGAAUCAACUUGGAGACCCACCUGCCCUGCAUGUUGCAUGGGCCAGCGCUUCGAGACACACACGCGUCACGAACCACACGACCACCUCACCUGAAGCCGCCGUUUGCUUCCGUGGGCAGUUGCGUGGGAUCACCGCGCGCGAGGUGUCACACGUGGAAGAGAUGGUUCUGUCUCGCUUGUUCUUGUCGGGUGAUGUGUUUGCCGUCGUCCCCGCAGAGGAGUGCGAAACGGCCGUGGGCAUCUAUGGUGAAUGGGAGAAGGAGACGCGAGGUCGCGCGGUCCGGGCAUGGCAGUUGCGUCAAGUGAUUUGUACACCUAACAGCUUGACCCCUCAAGAGGCGAAGUUUGCCAGUGCACUGGGACCGCCCAUCGGCUAUUCCGCCAAGCAGAACCUGGCCAUCGAAAUGAGGCAUUUGAAGAUCUGUGGCGAAGCCACUCGAACAUCUAACCGUCUGGGACGGCCAUAUACGUGGAUUUUGCUCAUCCGCCCCGACUUUACCUGGUGCCUGUCCCCAGAGCGCUCCAUGCUGGGAUCGUAUCUUCUCAUCCCCAGGGAGACCGAAAACGAGUGGUUCAUCGGCGGCUCCACGGAGGCAGCUCUGGGCCCUGCGGAGUUGAUCUGGGAGUAUAGCAAGUGGUACGACACCAUGGUGCGCAAUGAGACCUUCUGGGUGGUGUUGCGCACUCUUCGCUUAAACACGGGCUCCAGCUUGAAGAACUUCUUCGCACGCUUUGGGCCUCCUUUCACACACGAGCAGACCCUUGAUCUAUACUUGUUCAUGCGGCAGCUGCCGAUCGAGCGCAGCAGUGCAUUUUCUCGUUUCCGCACUUCGCUUUGCAAACUGACAGUUGAUCGAUGUUGCCGAGACAACCUCGUCCCCAUCCAGGAUUCAAGGGGCAUUUGGCAGAAUGUUUUGUCUCAUGGCAUGAACCCCCGAUUUGUAGCACGAAGGGUUCGUGCAGGUUAUGACUUUCUUCUUGCAGGGGCCUUGGUGAGUUUCUUCCGGCAAGAAAUGCAUCUUGCGCACGACAAGAGCCGUGGACGUGGACGCAUUGGCAAUUAUACAGAUUCCAAGGAACAUUUUAUUUUGGAUGUGGGUUGCGGCUCUGGGACUUAUGCGCUGGAGUUGAACUCACAUUCCAUUCCAUGCCUUUGCUUGGAGGGAGAUGAGCAAGCCGGGCACAUGAUCCGAAUGGAGUUUGCUGGUUUCGCUCACAGAGCUGUUGUAGCUGAUUUCUUAACUUGGAAAGGUUGCCACAGACCAUUUGGCUGGGUUUUGUUGUUGGACGUGAUGCACUUUCAUCCUUUUGACCGGCAAAAGAAGAUCCUGAAGAAGCUGCGAGGCUGUGCCACCUUUGGCAUGGUGGUCUCCUGGGCCUCCCCAGGUCACGGUGCACAGCGCUGGGGCGAAGACGUGCAGCGGGGGGAGCGGUCGCCGGAGGAGGUCGCGCAGCUCUUCCGGUCGUUGGGGAUGCUUCGCGAUCCAAGGGCCGAGGCGUCCCUCAACGUGGCGCGGCUGGUGGCGAAAGGCCAAGAGCUGGUGCAGCUCUUCGUGUUUCGCAGGCGCCGGGAGACCUCGGCCGACUUCGCUACGGGGCGCCCCGAAGUGGCGCCGUGGGGCGGUGUGGAGGUGGCGCCAUCGAACGCCUUCAGCACGUGCGAGUCGGAGAUUAUGGAUGUAGUUGACCCUUUGGUGCCACAAGCUGGCAGCAUUUGGAGCUCUGAAUCCUGCACGCUCACCCUGGUGCAGCUUCAAUCCUUUCUCUUCCUCUUGCGAAGCAUCUACCACGCGUCGGAGCACGACCUGGCAUCGGAGCUGGCGUCUUUCGCAGGAGUUUGGGUGUGGAUCAAGUGGACUUUGCGUCGUGAUGGACUUCACGGCCUCAUUGGUCGUUGGGACUUAGGGCAGAUCUUGGCAUUGCUCUCCCAGGUCUUGUGCGAGGAGAAGGUCGAGGAGGGUGCUGCGCAGUUUUCGAGUGGACCGGAGAUCUCACAGGUCUUAGAAUUGGGUGUUUUCUCAGGCCUUUGUGAGGGCAGGCGACAGGGCUUGUGGAGAGAGGCUCAGGAGAUGUGGCAAAGCCAUCAUACUUGGCGAGGAUGGAUCCGGCCGAAACCCUUCAGCUUCGAGUGCGUCAACCAGACACAGAUUGCUCGCGCCCCGCCUGGUGCCAGGCUGUGUGGAGGUGCCGGGAGCCCGAGGUUUCUCUAUCGGAACGUGAUCUCGAGCUCGUCACCCUGGUUUGCGUGGAGACAUUUGUUGCUGCUGGAGCAAGUCUACUUCUUCCGUUGGUCCACGGUGACGGAUGUAGUUCCAUGGACGUACUGAAAUGCCGGCGCAUCCGGCCCUUUUUUCAGUUGUGCAAGCAAUCGGACAGGUAGAUGAAGUCAUCAACACCUCCAGAGAUUUUCCAGCCACUGCUCCAGUCAAGGAAUUUGGCUGACCCAGAAGCACCCGGCGACGCCUCCUUCGGAACGA